UGAAUAUUUUUACAGACGUACUGUUGUUAUCAUGGGAGAUGCUUGGGACGAUAUUAAAGCUCUAAAAAGUAAAAGAAAUACAUUGCGAGAAAAACUUGAAAAACGUAAAAAAGAGCGGCAUGGCAUAUUAAUGGCCACCAACGUUAAAAGUGAUGAAAACAGUGGAAUGAAUGAAAAUGUCGAAUUGGCAAUAAAAACGGAAAAUGACAAAGAUCCAGCUGUCGAACAAGCUUUGAUGGAAAUACUCUGCUCGCCGGCACUAGUGUUACCGAUUAUAUCCACGCAAUUGGUUGAUAAAAUUACCAAUAUUAUAAAGUGUUCGGUUUCUAAAGAGAAUGUGAGCUAUGUUUUGAAUAAAUUAGCCAAGCAAGGAGCAAUAUUCAUUAAACGUGUUAAUAUAGGCGGUGAAAUGGGUUGCGAAGUUAUAUCAUUGGAAUCUAAAAUACUGCUGGAUCUCUACAAGAAUUUCAUUAAUGACAAUUUCGAUCUCAACGAGGAGAUCAAAAGGAAAUAUAAAAAACUAUUUGAAGUUGAAGACGAUUUGCUCGAAGAUAGUGUAAGCAACGACAAAUCCAUUGAUAAUGAUGACAAUGACGAACAAAAGGAUACGAAUGCCAAUAAUGAUUCAGAUGAUCUUAUGUCCUUACUUUCUAUGCCAUCGACUCGUGAAAAACAAAGCAAGCAAGUCGGAGAGGAAAUCCUGGAACUUUUAACCAAACCAACUGCGAAGGAAAAAUCUGUGGCUGAAAAAUUUAAAUCUCACGGCGGAGCACAAGUAAUGGAAUUUUGCCCUCACGGGACUAAACUGGAAUGUUUAAAAGCUCAACAGGCUACCGCUGAAAUGGAAGCUAAAAAAAAGAAAGAUCAACAACAACAAGCGAAAAAAGCUAAGAAACUUAAUAAUACCAAACUACCAAAACGCCCGUCUGUCGUUGAUGAAGAUACCAUAGACAAUAAAACAGAUUCACAAGAGCCCCCUAUAAAGCGUCUAAAAUCAAAUGAUUCAGAGAAUUUGGAGACUGUUGAUGAAACCGACACCAAAGCCACUGAUUCCGGCACUGAAGAUGGUGAAAUUGUAGCUGAUACCUACAAAGAAAGUGAAAACGAAACCCAACAGUCUGCGGAAGAUUCCAACCAUGAAGUCAAUAAGUGUACAAAAUUGCAUUUUAAAAAAAUCAUACAAUCUCACACCGACGAAUCGUUAGGUGACUGCAGCUUUCUAAACACUUGCUUUCACAUGGCCACCUGCAAAUAUGUUCACUAUGAAGUAGAUACCCUACCUAACAUUAAUACAAAUAAGCCGGCCGAUGUUAAAACUAAUUUAUGCUUAAAACGUAGCGUAGACCCAAGUGUGACCUUAUACCCGCCACAGUGGAUUCAAUGUGAUUUAAGGUAUUUAGACAUGACAGUAUUGGGUAAAUUUGCUGUCGUCAUGGCUGAUCCUCCGUGGGAUAUACAUAUGGAAUUACCGUAUGGUACAAUGUCUGACGAUGAAAUGCGUCAAUUAGGUGUUCCAGCGUUACAAGAUGAUGGUCUUAUAUUUUUAUGGGUAACUGGCCGAGCUAUGGAAUUGGGUAGAGAGUGUUUAAUGCUAUGGGGUUAUGAACGUGUCGAUGAGUUAAUUUGGGUGAAAACUAACCAGCUACAACGCAUUAUUCGCACCGGUCGUACCGGCCACUGGUUAAAUCAUGGCAAGGAACAUUGCUUAGUUGGCAUGAAGGGCAAUCCGAAAAAUCUAAACCGAGGUUUGGAUUGUGAUGUUAUCGUCGCCGAAGUACGAGCUACUUCUCACAAACCGGACGAGAUUUAUGGAAUAAUAGAACGUUUAAGUCCGGGCUCACGUAAAAUUGAGUUAUUUGGAAGACCGCAUAAUGUUCAACCAAACUGGAUUACAUUGGGCAACCAAUUGGAUGGCAUUCGUUUAGUGGAUCCUGAAUUAAUAACACAAUUUCAAAAGCGUUAUCCCGAUGGUAAUUGUAUGUCACCGGCAGCGCCAAGCAAUGUAACAAACGCGUCUGCUGCUACGAUUAAGAAGUAAGAAUUAAGUAUAAAGAUUUUUUAUGCAAUGGAAAAGAGGAAGUCUUCUCUACAUGCUUAUGGAAAAUGUGUUGCAAAAUAAAGUUUUGUAAAAUAUUUGAAAAUUUAUUUUACAUUUCUAAUUUUUUAGCAAGAAUUGUUUG